AUGUUUCACAUAUAAAAAACCCUUUGCAAACAAUAGUUAGAACAUGUUCGUCCACUCUUGUUUAAAACAACCACUUAUUGUUCGAAGUUUGGUUUUUGCUGGUCUACACUGCAUAUCCAGGAUAGCUGAACAGUAAUGGAGUCAGCAGUCGCUAAGAAAGUGUGCUAUUACUACGAUGGGGACAUAGGAAAUUAUUAUUAUGGUCAGGGGCAUCCAAUGAAGCCACAUCGCAUAAGGAUGACACACAAUCUUCUUUUGAACUAUGGUCUUUAUAGAAAGAUGGAAGUUUAUCGACCUUCCAAAGCUUAUAGUGAAGAUAUGACAAGAUUUCAUAGUGACGAAUAUGUUAAGUUCCUGAGAAAUAUUAGACCGGAUAAUAUGCACGAAUUCAACAAACAAAUGCAACGCUUUAAUGUUGGAGAAGAUUGUCCAGUUUUUGAUGGACUCUUCGAGUUUUGUCAGUUGUCUGCAGGUGGUUCAAUUGCUGGGGCCAUCAAACUAAAUAAACAACAAACUGACAUAGCUAUUAAUUGGGGUGGCGGUCUUCAUCAUGCAAAGAAGUCUGAGGCUUCUGGAUUUUGCUAUAUAAACGAUAUCGUGAUCGGUAUAUUAGAACUCUUAAAAUAUCAUCAAAGAGUCCUUUACGUGGAUAUCGAUAUUCAUCAUGGAGACGGUGUUGAGGAAGCUUUCUAUACAACUGACAGAGUAAUGACUGUUAGUUUUCACAAAUAUGGAGAAUAUUUCCCUGGUACUGGUGAUCUGAAGGAUAUUGGUGCUGGUCGUGGUAAAUAUUAUGCCGUCAAUUGUCCUUUGAGAGAUGGUAUGGAUGAUGACUGUUAUGAGCGGAUCUUUAAACCGGUCAUCACAAAAGUUAUGGAAACUUUUAGACCUGGAGCUGUUGUCUUACAGUGUGGUGCUGACUCACUGAGUGGUGAUCGACUUGGAUGCUUUAAUUUAAGCUUGAGAGGUCAUGGGAAGUGCGUUGAGUUCAUCCGUUCAUUCCCUAUACCACUUCUACUUGUUGGAGGUGGUGGUUAUACCAUUCGAAACGUUGCCAGAUGUUGGACGUUUGAGACGUCUAUCGCUUUAGCAACUGAAUUACCCAAUGAUUUACCUUACAAUGAUUAUUAUGAGUAUUUUGGACCUGAUUUCAAGCUUCAUAUUAGUCCCAGCAAUAUGGCUAAUCAAAAUACAAAUGAAUACCUAGAGCAUAUAAAGGCGAAAUUAUUUGAAAACUUGCGAAUGAUACCACACUCGCCUAGUGUACAAAUGCAAGAUAUUCCGGAUGAUAUUGUGAAUUUGGAGGAGAAUGAAGCUGUUGCCAGAGAUCUAGCUGAUCCAGACAAGAGAAUUUCAAUUAUGGCUGCUGAUAAAGCUGUUAUGCCCAACAAUGAAUUUUUCGAUGACCCAGAGGAGGGUUCAGGAUUAGGAGGUGCUACUCUACGGUCUGGUAAAUCUGCUGCUCGUGAUAUUCAAAACCACCGAGAUCAACCUAAGCGGGCGCGUACAGACGAAGAUGCAAACUCAGCCAGCAGUAAAACAAGCAAUAAGGAGGGAAGUGGGUCAAAGAAACCAGAUGCUAGUGGUGACAAGCGUUCCGAUUCAAAACAUGAUUUUGUGGAUAAGAUGGAAGUUGAUGUAUCCAAAAAGUCAAAUGGUUUAGUAGAACCAGAACGAGCCGCUAACUAACUAAAAUUACUCUUCCAUAUUUUCACAUAUAUAUAUAUAAACUUUUGUAAAUGUAUGUUUUGUGUUUGUUAUUUCCUAAUGCAAAUAUCCCUUUAAUGCAUAUUUUCAUUUUUGCUAAUAUUUGUUCCUCGUUGUUUGGCAUGAUUCUUAGCUCUUCAAACUUUUAAGCCCUUUUUUCUAUUCAUGUCAUUGUGCUGUCAUCAUUAAAUUUUUCGCAUUUAUUCAAACUGAGUACUAUCAAAACUGUACAGUUCCAGGAAAUAUAUGCCAUUUAUUAGGUCAAUUUUUUUCAUUGCAUUAUUCAUCCAAACCGAUUUAGGGCAUAAAAAAAACUUUCUUACAAUGUCAAUGUGCUCUUCAUAUUCCAUCUCACCUUGUAUUUAACUCUUAAGGAAAUUGAAAUUACAAGUUUAAAAUCUGAAUGGGUAUAUUCCUCUUACAAACUGGCAUAUUUCUGCAACUUAUUGUUAAAUCCCAUACAUUCUUCGGACAGAAAUUUAGGAACAUUAUCCAGAGCAACUGUUGUUAUAUGUUUAGUUUCACAUCUGUAACGUACGUGUUUACGUUAAAAUUUUCCAUUAGGUGUUAACUUCGUGGUGUUCAAAAAAUAAGUUUUGCAUAUUUCUCACGAUGUGUUUGUGUUUUUGUAACAGUUCUUGACAUAAGUAGUAGAGGUAAGCACUUUGUUAUGUUGUUAUUAUUAUUAUUAUUACUA